UGCAACACCUCUCCAUCUGAGUCAGAGCACACUAUAAAACCCGCUCUACCAAUCGACCGCCAUUUCAAACGGGAACGGACUUUGAUACUCCUCCAUUCUCAACCUCGAACUCGAAGCUUUAAUCAAUCAAAACCCGCGUUUAGAGUCCGCUCCGAUGGACUCGUCCUCUUCUUCUUCUUCAGCUCCGUCGACUUCGUCCCUGCACUUGGCCAUGGCGGCCUUCGUCGGAGCCUCUCUCAUGGCCGUCUCCGCCUUCUACAUCCACAAGCGCAGCGUCGACCAGGUGCUCCAGCGCCUCAUUGAGAUCCGCCGCAAGCCAUCUCGCAUUUCCGAUAAUCGCUCUGCAACCGAAGACGGACGGGAAGAGAGUUACAUCGAAGACGGAGAAGAGCGAGGGUUUGAGUCUGACGGUGAGGUCACUGACGUGGCUAUUGAUCGGAACAUGCGACCGAGGUCGGUCGACGACAAGGCGCUUCAGUCUUAUAGGAUAUCGUCUUCGUUGCCCAAUGUGGCUUCGAGGAGCACCGAUUGGAUGGAAGAGGAAGCUAAGUUUGAUCCGCCCCCGAAUUUUCGACCUCCAAGGUUUUCUUCUUCGCUAGACAAGCUCAAUUUCAUUCCCUCAGGGCUUCCGCUUCUUCGAACCGAUCAAAGAACCGGAGAGGGUCAGUCUGGUAACCACUCUGGUUCCAAUACAAGGAUGACGCCUAUUGGAAGGUUAAUGACUCCAAGGUCUCAGGCUGGAAAUGCCUUUGAAAGUAUUGCAGACUCCGACGAGGAAGGAACUGAGUUUGCAAAUGAAGAUGACGAUACUUUCAACUAUGGAAAUGUAGAUUCUUUAGAUAAUACCGUAACCUCAGUUUACCAAAAUGAAGUUCUCCGUAAAAGUGAUGUUAAGAAUUUCAUACAAGAUCGAAUGUAUCAAGUGACUUCAACUGAAGCAAAAUCUGGUGUUGAUCUGCAAGGCGAUGGAAAGGUAGAUACAGCCUCAGGAAACUCCGUGAAGAAUGAUCACAAUUUUACCAGCAUAGUUUUACCAUUGAGUGCAUCAAUGCAUGAGUCAAUAAGCAAAGAAGAAGAAGAAGUGCACAAGAUGAUUCGAGAAUGCUUGGAUCUACGUAAGAGGUAUCUUUACAGGGAAGAAGUUGCUCCAUGGACGGUAGCCAGAACAGACUCCAUUGCAUCAGAGAAGAAAAGUGACCCAUUUCAUUUUGAACCUGUUGAAGCAUCAACUCACUGCUUUAGGAUGGAAGACGGUGUGAUACAUGUUUAUGCAAGUGAAAAUGACACUGUAGAUAUUUUCCCUGUUGCAAGUUCAACAGCAUUUUUCACUGAUAUGCAUUAUCUUCUAAAAGUUUUGUCUAUUGGAAAUGUACGCUCUGCAUGCCAUCAUAGGUUACGAUUUCUUGAGGAGAAAUUCCGCGUUCAUCUGUUGCUAAAUGCGGAUAGGGAAUUUUUAGCCCAGAAGAGUGCACCACACCGUGAUUUUUACAAUGUUAGGAAAGUUGAUACGCAUGUGCACCAUUCUGCUUGCAUGAACCAGAAGCAUCUCCUCUCCUUUAUCAAGUCAAAGCUCAAAAAAGAACCUGAUGAGGUUGUCAUAUUCAGAGAUGGAAAAUAUCUUACACUCAAGGAAGUCUUUGAGAGUUUGGACUUGACAGGGCAUGAUCUGAAUGUUGACUUGUUAGAUGUGCAUGCGGAUAAGAGUACUUUCCAUCGAUUUGACAAAUUCAACUUAAAGUAUAAUCCAUGUGGACAGAGCAGACUCAGAGAAAUAUUCUUGAAGCAGGACAAUCUUAUCCAAGGGAGGUUUUUAGCAGAAGUAACAAAAGAAGUUCUGUCAGAUCUUGAAGCCAGCAGAUAUCAGAUGGCAGAGUACAGGAUUUCUGUUUAUGGAAGGAAACAAAGUGAGUGGGAUCAACUGGCUAGUUGGUUCGUUAACAAUUCAAUCUAUAGUGAGAACGCUGUCUGGUUAAUACAGCUACCACGGCUAUACAAUAUCUACAAGAAGAUGGGAAUUGUUACCUCUUUCCAGAAUAUUUUAGAUAAUGUGUUCAUACCGCUCUUUGAAGCCACUGUCAAUCCAAAUUCUCAUCCUCAACUACAUUUGUUCCUGAUGCAGGUGGUGGGUUUUGACGUUGUAGAUGAUGAAAGUAAACCAGAAAGGCGUCCAACUAAACACAUGCCAACACCAGCUGAAUGGACUAAUGAAUUCAAUCCUGCAUACUCUUAUUAUGCUUAUUACUGCUAUGCAAACUUGUACACUCUUAAUAAGCUGCGUGAAUCAAAAGGGCUGCCUACGAUAAAAUUCCGACCUCACUGUGGAGAGGCGGGUGAUAUUGACCAUUUGGCUGCCGGAUUCCUUCUAUGCCAUAAUAUCUCUCAUGGGAUCAAUCUUCGCAAAACUCCUGUUUUGCAGUACCUGUAUUACCUGGCCCAGGUUGGGUUGCUUAUGUCACCUCUGAGCAAUAAUUCACUUUUCUUGGAUUACCAUCGCAACCCCUUUCCUAUGUUCUUCCAACGUGGGCUAAACGUCUCACUCUCAAGCGAUGAUCCUUUACAAAUCCAUUUGACAAAAGAACCGCUUGUGGAAGAAUAUAGUGUUGCAGCACAGGUAUGGAAGCUCAGUGCUUGUGACCUCUGCGAAGUAGCGAGAAAUUCUGUCUAUCAAUCUGGAUUUUCACAUGUAGCAAAGUCGCAUUGGCUUGGUAGUAAGUAUUUCUUGAGAGGCCCUGAAGGAAAUGACAUGCAGAAGACAAAUGUGCCUCAUUUGAGGAUUGCCUUUCGACACGAGACUUGGAAGGAAGAGAUACAGUACAUCUAUGCAGGAAAAGCCAAGUUUCCAGUAGAAACAGAUCCAUGAGGCAAACAUUCUAAAUGUUGCUUCUUCCUGACAGUCGGAUGCCAAUGAACUGGAGGUGUUAAAACAAGGCUGAUGGCAGUAUUUCCUCUAGAGCUUGUUCUGCCAAAUUUGAAUAGAAUUAGGUGCUACUAAUUUAUUAAAUAUAAAAGUCUCUAUGAGACACAACAGCUUCAACCAAGGCAGUUCAUCACAGCAUUGGGGGAAGACACAUGGCUAGUUUUGAUCCAAUUUUGUUGGAGUUCAUAGGCUUUGGUUUUCUACAGGUCUCUGACUCACUAGAAAGUUGGAAGCCAUCCUUGUCUUUUUUUCUCUCUUUUUAAUGGUUAUAAGCAUACUUGGUAUGAAAAAUGAGAGGUUUAGACCUUUACACUAUUAGCAUUCUUCCUUUAGCUUCUCACGAUGAAAAUAGCCUCCGAUUAGAGUUGAUGUGUUACCACAAUGUUUAUGUUGCA